GAAAGGGCAGAGGGUGGGGGCUUCCUUGGGAAGCUCAGGGAUGAGUCACCAAGGGACAGGGGAGUGGAGGGUGGAUAGGAUACGGAGAUCCGUCAUACCAGAGGACUGUGGGGCAGCAGCACAGCAAAAAUAGAAAACAGCCGAUGCGGCAGCAAGAGGGGUCAGGGUUGGACACUGGGAAGACAUGACCAGAGAGGUUCCCAGAGGGGUGUUAGCAAGCCUGCGAAGGGUUGCGUGUGAUGAAGAUCUGCCCUACACGCUCUGUGCGGAUGAAGGCAGGACAAGAUGAAAUUGACCAAGUGUAAUGUGAGGGACUCAGAUUAGACAACAGGAAGGACUUGGAUUUGAGAAGCACCAGGUUCAAAUUUCAGAUCAACUUGCGGUUUUAGGAAGCAGCGGAGGACAGAGCACUGAGCCUGCCUAGGAGGCCAUCUGCUUUAUCUGAAGAUUUUCAGCUGAUGAAGAACUAGGAGGCUCAAACACUAUCUUACCUGAGUCCAGGACAAGUGACUUGGAGAGUGUGCUCUUCUGUGGCAGGAUCAGGUCUGUCUAGGGCAGGAUGGCCCAGGAUCUCAGCGAGAAGGACCUGUUGAAGAUGGAGGUGGAGCAGCUGAAGAAAGAAGUGAAAAACACAAGAAUUCCGAUUUCCAAAGCGGGAAAGGAAAUCAAAGAGUACGUGGAGGCCCAAGCAGGAAACGAUCCUUUUCUCAAAGGCAUCCCUGAGGACAAGAAUCCCUUCAAGGAGAAAGGUGGCUGUCUGAUAAGCUGAUGGCGUGGAGCCCCGCCCUGAGUGUCUGUCCCUCUUCAGCCAAGCCCAAGUCUCCUAGACCCCCAGGGAGCCAGUGAACUGUCACCUUCUCUUCAUCACAGAAUGAGUAAAGAUCCCUGAACAAAUGCAUUGUGAACCCAUUCCCCACUCCCACCUUCAACUCUUUUCUCCCAUUAUUUCCUCCACCUGCUGGGUCUCUGCUGACCUUGCUGGGAACACUCUGAGGACAGUGUGGCUGGCAGAGCGGUUGGCCCCAUGGGUGGUGGGGUGUGAGGAGCCUGCAAUACCCCGAGACCCCAGAGGGCAGUCCUUAGGAAGCACUUACACCACCUGGGAACCCCUCCAUCUUUUCCCUCCACUCUCAUCCUAGGAAUAAAGCAUUUCCACGCCAGAGUAGUUUGGGCUGGGGGCCAGGGUUGGGUGAUCCUGUCCCUCCAUAUCAUGUCCUACCCUAUGGUCCUGUUCCUAGUCAUUUAGAUCACCCCAGAUGGCCUGAUGACAACAAGAGUUUGUGAAGUUAUGA